UGAGGGAGAGCUUUACCUUGGCAGAAUGCUCCUGGAAGCUUUAGUGUUAAGUCCUGGUUGGGGACAAAUAUAGCCGGGGAGGAUCCACCUCAAGGGGGUAGUUAGCUGAUCCUGCUGCGCAUGGAGACACUCUCCGCCUCGCUCUUCCUCUCGCACAGCCGACGGCUCACUCACAGCUAGACCACUAAACCAACCCGGUUGCUCGAUAGCUGAUUUUACAAUGUGUGGCAAUGGAGGAAGCUGUUAGAGGAAGAAUGAUCUGAUCUGUGAGGCAGAGCCCUGUUCUCCAGCUGAGUCGACCUGAGGCAGCAUCCUUGCUUUCAUGUGUACAGUCAUGAAGUUUAACCAGAGCGUACUGCAGGACAUGUCCGACAACAACAACAACGACAACAAAGUCUGGAAAUGGCACAUUCAGGACCCCGCCAGCCAGAAACUGACGUGGAACAAGCCACCAAAAAGUGUCCUUGUCAUCAAGAAGAUAAGAGAUGCCAGUCUGCUUCAGCCUUUCAAGGAGCUCUGCAUAUUCCUCACCGAGGUGAAGGAAAUGAUUGUUUAUGUGGAAAAGAAAGUUCUGGAAGAUCCUGCCAUAUCAGACGAUGAAAACUUUGGAGCCAUUACUGAGAAAUUCUGCACUUUCAGAGACGAUCUUGAUGACAUCUCCAAUCGCGUAGACUUCAUCAUCUGUCUCGGUGGAGACGGAACUUUGCUCUAUGCAUCUUCGCUUUUUCAGGAAAGCGUUCCACCAGUUAUGGCCUUCCACCUGGGCUCCCUGGGUUUCCUGACACCUUUUAAAUUUGACACCUACCAGUCUCAGGUGGACCAGGUUAUCGAAGGUAACGCUGCCAUCGUUCUACGAAGUCGCUUGAAAGUCCGGGUGCUUAAAGACAACUGGGAGAAGAAGGCCAGAUUGGACGAGAAGGGCAUCAUCCUGACCAAUGGGGACACGGAAAGCAGACGGAAAAGCGUGCAGUAUCAGGUAAUAUCUGAAGCUUAAAUCACUUCUUUAUAACACAUCAACAAAACCAU